AACUGUCAAAUUUGAAACAUAACCUAGUUGCCGUAAACACUUUGUUAUGUGUAGUUUUUGUAAUCUUUAUGAGUUAAUAUUCAUAAUACAUGUUUAAUAACAUUGUAUACUAACAUAAAAAUGAUACUGUUGUUGAAAAAAGUCGACGGUGAAUUUAAUUUUUAUCUGACGAAAGAAAAAUGCACUGUCGGACGAAAGCUUUGCGAUUUACUAAUUACCAAUGACCAGUCCAUCAGCAGACAACAUGCAGUUUUGACCAUCAAGAAUGGUUCAGUAACAUUAAUAGACCAAAAAUCUAAAUACUGUACAUACAUUAAUGGACAAAAAGUUAAACCAAAUGACCCUACUGUGUUGGUCCAUGGUGAUGUUGUUAAGUUUGGUGCCUUCAACUCAGUAUACAAAUUUGAAGCAGUAAACUUUGUUACAACUGGUACAGGUUUAUCAGAAACACAAAAGUCACAAUUAAAUAAACUUUUACUCAAAUUGGGUGGAACAUAUACUCAUAAAUGGUCAGAAGAAGUUACCCAUUUGACCAUUUCAACCCUAUCCAAUAGAUCUGUGACUGCCAAAGUAUUACUAGCUAUAAUAAAAAAUGUGCCAUUAGUAACACCAAAUUAUUGGAAACAUUGUGUGAAUUGCCUGGAAACCAAUGAGAAGUUUCCAGAUAUUAAACAAUACAAACCAGAUAUUGUUGAUCCUAUUUUAAACAAUAUAAAUUUGGAAUUCAAAUCAGAGAGGUUUAAUUUGUUUGAUGGCAAAUUAUUUGUAUUUCAAAACAGCAAAAUGAAGAAUGGAGUGCAAGAAGUUAUUGAAAAGACAGGGGGAGAAUGCAUUUCAUGGGAGGAAACUCAACUUUCAAUUGAAGAAAUUGAAAGUACCAAUAAAGAAUUGGUCUUAGUUAGUGGACCUGAAGGAGAAAAAUCUCUGCAGAAUUCUUCAAUUACUUUACUAUUGGAGCAUCUAUCAAAACACAAGAAAAGAAUAGUUCCAUUGAUAGAGAUUUCAUUGGCUAUUCUUCAAUGUUCCUGUGAGAAACACUGCAAUCCCAAUUUUGAUAGAGCAGAAAAAGUAUUUGCCUCCAAAGAAAAUAAUGAUAGUGAUAUUGUGCCUUUGCCUCCAACUCAGACAGAGUUUAUGAGUUGCAAAUCAGAGGUGAAGGAAGAGGAAAUCAUUUCAGAAACUUAUGGAAUAGCUGGGGAAUGUGAUGAAAAAAUUGAUAUUGAGCACCAUAAUAUAGAUUUUAAAGAAGAGACUAAUGAAACUAGGAAAAGAGUUGCAGAAAGUGAAAUUGAAAAUCCUUUCAAAAAAGUGAAAAUAGAAACGAAAACGGAAAUUAUGAGUGAUGAUGAUAUUUUUGAGAUAGAAGAUGAAAGAGCAGAUGUGAAUCAUGUACUUAAUCCUGAUAAAGAAGUUAAAAAGUCUGGGAAAAGACUUGGAGGGAGUGUUAAUGAAAAUCCUUUUAAGAAGAAAAAAAUUGACCUGGUAGAAGAUUCUGAUGAUGUUAUUGAAAUCAAAGAUGAAGAAGAUCUACCUCAAGGAGAAAUAUUCACUGGGAAUAAAAUUAGUAAUCCAUUUUUAACUAAAAACGUUUUUAAAAAGAAUAACACAUUAUCUCGGUUUUUGUCCAAAAGCUCAUCUUUAAGCAUUUCAACAUCCAACAAUACAAGUUUAACACAAAAGCCCUCCCAAACAAUUAAAAGAAGAGCAUCAGAAGAACUUGAAGAAGAUAUGCCAGAAAUAAACCAAAAUCCAUUUGCAUUUAAAAAACCAAAACCUUCUAAAAAGGGUAAAAAUUUAGUGAAAAAUCCUUUUGCUAAAACUAAUGUGGAACAAACCAACACAAAUUCAAACAACCAAAUUUUUACUAGUACUAUGAUUGAAUCACAACCAUGUAGACCAUCACUUACUGAUAUAUCCAUCAAUCAAACUACAAGAUCUGGUCCAAUUUCAUGGCUAAGCAAAGAAACUGCAAUUUCAACAACUUCCAGGUCACAAAGGGAUUUAGAUGAAGAAAUCUGCCAAAUUAUAGAACUAUUCAAAGAAAAAGCACAAGUAGAAAUAGUCACAAUGAAUAUGUCCAUUGCAAGUACAACUAGACCGAAUUUAGAUUGCACGGAUUCGAGUUUGACGAAUGGCAGGAGGAACUUUAAAAAGUUUGUAAAGGUAAGACCUAAAAGACCUCAGAGGACGGUGAUUGAUAUCGGCGAAUUUGUGAUACAAGAACCAAGUUCUACCAAAGGUAUAUGUACUGAUGGUUUGGAUUAUUAUGAGGCUCAAGAGAUAAAAAAACAAUGGAAAAAGGAUGGAAAAAAAAUUUUUAACUUAUAAUCAGUUAUAAUCAGGUGGUUAUUGCAUAUUAUGUUUCUUUAUAAUUAAUUUUUAAAUAUUAAUCAGCUUUUAUUAUAUAUAUAUAU